GGAUUUUCAGAUCCGCUUGCGGCCACUGCAUUUGUGUCGGUUGAUUCCUAUUUCAUUCUCCUCGCUUUCUCCCUCUCUCAAAAUUCUUUCCCUCCUUCUUUCCCCUCUGCAUUUUCCUUUCAAUCUUUCGUUUUCCCUCGGUUUUCUGAAUUCCAACCACUUGUUUCUCUUCAUUCCAUAACUUCUUUCUCUCCAUCUUAUCUCUUUCUUAUCCGUUUUCCCCUCCUUUUCUUUCCACCAUUGAUUUCGCUCUCUGGGUUUGAUCUCUUGCUUCCUUCUCAGAUCCCCUUUCUCUUCUUUGAUCUCACUUCCCCUGUCUUCCUCUGUUUUCGAUCGAGGGUUUCCCCAGUUACUUACUUACCCAUCAUUUGAUUCUGUGUUUUCUGAUCGUUUCACUCGCUACCCUCUUCGAGUUUUGGGUUUUUUAAAUCUGGGUUUCUCUUAGAUCUCUUUAGUAGCGGGUGUAUGAUGAUGGAUCCGAGUGACAGAGGAUCGGAGUCGGAGGACAUGUCGGGGAAGAAUACCGGUGGGGUUUCUUCGGAGGAGAGUCAAGUGAAUGAGCAGAACAAGAAGACUUGUGCUGACUGUGGUACUUCGAAAACCCCUUUAUGGAGAGGCGGGCCGGCUGGUCCAAAGUCUCUUUGCAAUGCGUGUGGGAUCAGAAGUAGGAAGAAGAGAAGAGCGAUUUUAGGGUUGAGCAAAGGGGUUGUUGAAGAUAAGAAGAACAAAAAGAGCAAUAAUAUUAGCAAUAGUAAGUUGAGAGAUAGUUUGAAACAAAGGCUUUUGGCUUUGGGUAGAGAAGUUUUGAUGCAGAGAUCUACUGUUGAGAGGCAAAGGAAGAAGUUAGGAGAAGAAGAACAAGCUGCUGUGCUUUUAAUGGCUUUAUCCUAUGGCUCUGUUUAUGCUUGAAACAGCCAUUGUCGUGAUCAGAAAGAACAAUAAGGGAAAAAUAUGAAAAAAAAAGUGCUUCUAAAGCAGCAAAAUCUGACCCAGAAGUGUAUCUUCAUCCAUUUUGUUAAAUCUUUCCCCAAAUAUUGAGUGAAAUUCUCUUAGUUCAUUAUUAUUCCUCCUCCCCCUUAGGAUCUAUUCUCUUUUUGUUGUAUUAACUAACCAUUGGUUUUUUUGGAUGUUGGAGAGUAAUGAGUAAUGUAGUAUUGAUAAUGAAUUUUGUUGAACAUUGUCAUUUCA